AUGGAACCACUUGAGACUGCCAAAGAAUUUGUCUGCAAGUUAGUUUUCACUCCUGAAGACAAGGCUUACAUGGCCUAUUAUUGGUGUCGGAAGUUCCCUACCCCAGAGGACGUGCUGUCAGCAGCCACAUUCAUGGUGGCUCUGCAGCUGGCCAAGGAGCCGGUGGUGCGCAAGUGCGUGCGGGAGGCAUACUUCGAGAGGACGCGAAUCUCAGUCGCACCGACACGCAAGGGUGUCAAGGAAAUUGAUGAGAACCACCCACUUUACAGCAUGAAAUACUUGAAUGAUAAGCCAGUGCAAGAGCUGCAAGGCGACCAGUUCCUCCGCCUUACGAUAGCCGAGAACGAGAAGCUCCUUUCCGUCAAGUUCUCCACGGACAUCAAGGCCCUGACCGGGGUGGCUUACAUCGAGGAAGUGAAGCAGCUCUACUACCGCGACGAGUUCAGCCGCAACGUUCAGCUGUGGAACGACCUGCGGGGGCAAUGCAUCGACCUCUGCUUCAACAAGUUCCUCUUCCCUGCCCUGAAGAAGGAGCUGCGGUCCAAGCUCAUCAUGGAGAGCAAGGAUUACAUCCGGCGCUACAGCCAGCAGCGUCUGGCUAACUGGAUCCAGGUGGCACCAUAUCAAGUGAAUCUUAAAGACGACGACGAUGACGAUGACGACGACGACGACGAUGAUGAUGACGAUUGGCGAACCAAGCGAGGUGUUCGAGUCCUCUCUAUUGCCUAUGUCCCUGAUCUGUCUGUGUCUGCCUUUGCAUGCAUCGUGAAUUUGGACGGCGAAGUGAACGAUUUUCUCCGCCUUCCGAACCUCCUCAAGAGGAAAAAUGCCUGGCGUGAGGCAGACCGAGUGGCCAAGGAAGCAGAUCUGGAUAGCCUGCGGGCAUUCAUCACCAAACAGAAGCCGCACGUGGUGGCCAUCGCCGGGGAAUCUCGCGAGGCCCUCGGGAUCGCCGAGGACGUGCGUGGGCUCCUGACUGCCCUCGUGGAGGAGGAGGGCUUCCCGUCCCGCAUCUCGGUGGAGAUCGUCGAUAAUACCCUUGCCAAGAUCCAAUCUAACUCGAAGAAGGCCGAGAACGAAUAUCGGGACUACCCGCCGCUUCUGCGGCAGGCAGUGUCGGUGGGGCGCUUCCUCCAGGACCCCCUUGUUGAGGUGGCCCAGUUGUGCACUAUAGAAGAGGACAUACUGUGCGUCCGCUACCAUCCCCUCCAGGAGCACCUUUCCAAGGAGGAGCUGAAUGAAAUAGUCACACAGGUGCUGAUGAAUGUGAUCAACGAGGUUGGGGUUGAUGUGAACCGCUGCCUCACCCAGCCUCACACAGGGAACCUCCUCCAGUUCAUCUCGGGUCUCGGCCCCCGAAAGGCCACCGCUCUCCUCAAGGCCCUGAAGCAUAGCAAUACAAGACUGGAGAACAGGACCCAACUGGUGACAACCUGCCACCUUGGUCCCAAGGUGUUCAUCAACUGUGCUGGGUUCAUCAAGAUUGACACCACCUCCCUUGGAGACAGUACGGACACAUACGUUGAGGUGUUGGAUGGGACACGGGUGCAUCCAGAGGCAUAUGAGUGGGCAAGGAAGAUGGCUGUGGAUGCGUUGGCUGAUGAGGAGGCAGGAGAAGAGGCCCAGCCGGCAGCGGCCCUGGAUGAGAUUCUCAAAACCCCUGAACGUCUCAAAGAGCUCGAUCUGGAUGCCUUUGCGGCCGAGCUGGAGAGACAGGGAUUUGGAAACAAGAAGACCACUCUGUAUGACAUCCGCACGGAGCUUAUCUUCCGCUACAAAGACCACAGGGUCUCAUACAAGAGCCUCACUCCUUCCGAAUUGUUCUACCUCCUUACCAAAGAGAGUGAAGACACAUUUUAUGUAGGCAAGAUGGUGCUUGCCACUGUCAUUGGGAUUGCCCAUAAGAAGAUGGUGGGUGAACAGGUGGACAAAGCAAACCCUACUAGGAUUGAGGAGACUGGGCUGUGGCAGUGUCCAUUCUGUCUCAAGAAUGACUUCCCUGAGCUCUCAGAGGUGUGGAACCACUUCGAUGCGGGGGGCUGCCCCGGCCAGGCGACGGGGGUACGCAUCGCCCUCGACAACGGCCUCUCGGGAUUCAUUCACCUCAAAAACUUGAGCGAUCGGGCGGUGACGAAUCCCGAAGAGCGGGUGCGUCGGGGUCAGGUCAUCCACUGCCGCCUGAUGAAGAUUCAGGUGGACCGCUUCUCUGUCGAAUGCACCAGCAAAGGAUCUGAUCUCCAAGACAAAAAUCAUGAGUGGAGGCCUCCAAAGGACCCAUACUAUGACUACGAGACGGAGCGCCGUGACCAGGAGCAGGAAGAGGAGAAGAAGAAGAAGCAGACACGCCAGACAUACAUCAAGCGCGUCAUCGUCCACCCCGCAUUCCACAACAUCGGCUACAAGGAGGCAGAGAAGCUGAUGAUGCAGAUGGACCCUGGCGAGGCCAUCAUCCGCCCGUCUUCCAAGGGCUCAGAUCACCUGACUGUUACAUGGAAAGUGACUGAUGGCAUUUGCCAGCACAUUGAUGUCCGGGAAGAAGGGAAGGAGAAUGCCUUCAGCCUGGGACAGUCUCUCUGGAUUGGGAGUGAGGAGUUUGAGGACUUGGAUGAAAUCCUCGCCCGAUACAUCACCCCGAUGGCAGCACAGGCCAGGGAUGCUCUCAACCACAAAUACUAUCGGGACACCGAGGGCGGAAAGCACGAGAAGGUCGAGGAGAUCCUCGUGGAGGAGAAGCGCAAAAACUCCAGCAAAAUUCAUUAUGUUAUUUCUGCUUCUAAGGAUUUCCCCGGGAAGUUCCUCCUGUCGUACCUGCCAAGGACGAAGGUGCGGCACGAGUAUGUGACGGCCACGCCAGAGGGGUUCCGGUAUCGAGGUCAGAUGUUCGACACCCUGAACCAGGCUCUGGGGUACUUCAAGAAGCAUUACCGGGAGCCACCCCCGACGGUGCAGACGGCUGCUCGCACUGGGCUCCUCACGAAUCACAAUACACCCUACAUCCAGGGACCUUCCACAGCUCCUCACACACCCUCCAUUGGGCUCUCUGCCGAUGCCAUUCGUCAGGUGGCACAGAACCUCCCAACCCAGCUACUGAACACACUGUCACAGGUGUCCUCGGGCCAAACCCCUCGCACUCCAUAUGCGCACACCCCAUUCACCCACUACAGCCAGACGCCAUACACCCCAUCGGGACAAACCCCAUUCAUGACCCCAUAUGGAACACCUCGACACCCAGGCUCCAACACACCCGGGUUUUCGGGCCAGAGCUAUCCCAGUCAAGGCUUCAUCCCGCCUUCUAGUCGUCCUCCCAACCGGACUCCAGUGGAGACACCCGGAGAUUGGAGGAAGGCAGCCGAGGCAUGGGCAUCUCGGGCGAGACCAAGCGGAAGCAGGACCCCACGUACCCCCUUUGGGAGUGGGACAACACCCCGUAUGGAAGAGGGAUCCCGCCGCACUCCAAGCUCGUAUCGUCCAAUCAACAUGCGCAGGGAUGACCAACCCGGUCCUUCGGGUUAUACCGAUGCCACACCCCUCUAUGAUGAGUGAAUUCUUGUGAAUGAAAAAAAAAUUUUCUCUUCCUUUUCUCUGUCUCAUAGGCUUUUUCCCUUCUUAUCCUUUCUAUUUGGUAUCCCUUUCCCCCUCUUCUAUGUCCUAUCUUUUGUUCUCUCACUUUGUAUGAGAGUAGUCGAUGAACAUCAAAGAAUUUUAAAGUAUGUGCUGUGAGCAUAUAUUCAUUGUUAUUUAUCAUUUCUUUCUUCUCUAUCUUGUCUUGAGUGCUCCAAAUCCAGCCACAGAAGGGCCAUUCACUGUUGAUCAAUAAAUAUUUUCUGACUUGCA